AUGUCAGCGUCCAACGUUCCCAAGGAGACCUCCGAGGAGAUCACUUUGACCGUGGCGCUCUUGAGUGGCGAGGGCGCCAAGAUCGUCGCGAACUUGGACUGGACGGUGAACCAACUCCGGCUGCAGGCACAGUGGUCCUUGCGCGUGGGGAUUUGCAGUUUAGUGAACUCCGAGGGCGAGGUCUUGAAGGGCCGGAGCACGCUGGCCCACUCAGGGCUAGUCGGAGGCGACCUCCUUCAUGCCACGGUGCGGCAAGCGCGCUUAGUCUCCACCCGGCAGAGCUACGCCUUCGCGCUGAUGAGGGGCGAUGGCUCCGUCGUGAGUUGGGGUUCAAGACGCUUGGGCGGCGAUUCCUCAAGAGUCCAGCAGGAGCUAAGGGACGUGGAGCAGAUCCAGGCCUCGGGUGGUGCCUUCGCGGCCAUCCGCGCCGACGGCCAGGUCAUCACCUGGGGAGAUAGCAGCAUGGGCGGCAAGACCGGAUGGCUGGAGAAUGUGAAGCAAAUCGAAGGCACCGUGGGAGGCUUCGCCGCUCUGCGCAUGGACGGAACUGUGGAGAGCUGGGGCCGCCAAAUUGGUGGGAACUGCUUGCCGAUGCAGCUCAGCCAGCUGAAGAAAGUGAAGAGCUUGUGCGCCUCCGACUAUGCCUUUGCAGCCCUCAAAGAGGACGGCACAGUGGUCACCUGGGGCAACGCAGCCUCUGGGGGCGACAGCAGCUGGGUGAAGGAGCAGUUGCAGGAGGUGGUGGACAUCUCCAGCACUUCUCGCGCCUUCGCCGCUCUCACCCGCGAUGGCCACGUCGUCACCUGGGGGGACCGGGAUUUCGGUGGAGAUUCCCGGGCGGUGCAGACGCAGCUGGAGCAGGUCACGGCCCUCUGCGGCAGCGGCAGCGCCUUCGCAGCGCUCCGGAAGGCGCGGCGAACGUGGCGAACGGGGAGAAGCGCGCCAGGCGCGCUUGGAAACACCACGGCGGUUGGGGGGGGUGAGCAGGGGCGUGGUGCGUACAUGGCCUUUUGGGCAAAGGCCGUGGGAUGGGAUUUGGAUGGGAUUCUUGGUGAUCAAUCAGUCCAGUCUGGGAGAUGUGGAGCAUCUUGGCUUUCUUCACCAGUCUUACCCAACUGA